AUGCUUUGUUAUAGCUUUUUUGUAAUAAUUUUGAUACUUUGUUAUAGCUAUUUUGUAAUAAUUUUGAUACUUUGUGAUAGCUUUUUUGUAAUAAUUCUGAUGCUAUGUUAUAGCUAUUUUGUAAUAAUUCUGAUACUUCGUUAUAGCUAUUUUGUUAUAAUUCUGAUGCUUUGUUAUAGCUAUUUUGUUAUAAUUUUGAGACUUUGUUAUAGCUUUUUGAUAAGAAUUUUGAUACUUUGUUAUAACUUUUUUGUAAAAAUUUUUAUACUUUGUUAUUGCUAA